UGUUUAGCAAUGGCCGCCGGCGCUGUGUGAACGACGAUCGCCAGUCAAAAUUGAUCCCGAGUCACCACAAUGCAGCGGAUUGCAUAAGGCGCGAUAUUAAGCGAGGACUGUUGAAGGCAGGCGCCACGGCAGCGACUCGCCGGCGGCGCAAGACGUCGCCGUAUUAUUCUACUACCAGCCACGAUGCUCAACAGCCGAUCGGCUUGAAUGCAUCGAAGAAGGGACUAUGUCUGUGUCUAUUUUGUGACGCGGCGCCUCCCCCGACGAUGCUGUCGUCCGGGUCACGUCUGCGGCGAUCCAAUGAGGAAACUCGAAUCAGCUGUGUCGGGGAAGUCGUCAGCGGCCGAGCCCGUUCCCCGAGAAGUCUGGUGUUCCAGUGGACGGGCAUGGCUCGGGAGCCUGUCACUCUCAAUGUCUAUGACAUGUACUGGAUCAAUGAAUACACGGCUCCGAUUGGCCUUGGAGUAUUCCAUACAGGUGUAGAAAUUUACGGGACAGAGUAUGCAUAUGGGGGCCACCCAUUCCCUUUCUCGGGAAUCUUUGAAAUACCGCCAAAAUUCGCGAAUGACCUCGGAGACCAGUUCAAGUACAAGCAGAGCAUCCUGGUGGGUCACACAGACUUCAACCAGAUGGAUGUACGCAAAAUUGUCGAGGAGCUGGGCAACGAGUUUCGCGGGGACCGAUACCACCUCAUGAACAAGAACUGCAACCACUUCUCGGGCGCCCUGACCAAGAUCUUGUGCGGAGAGGAGAUCCCGGGCUGGGUGAACCGACUGGCCUACUUCAGUUCUUGCGUGCCUUUCCUACAGCGCUGCCUGCCCCGAGAGUGGCUGACGCCCAUCGCACUCCAGGCCAGCAUCCAGGAGGGCAGCACCUCCAGGGUCCACAGUCCCUCGUCGGCCCACUCUCCAUCACCGCCGCCAGCGCCGAAUCCCACACGGUCGUCGCAAAAGCGCGUGCCCCGGAUCUGACACGUGGCCCCCGAAUCAAGAAAAACGGCGCGACCCACACCUUCCCUCGGGCCCUUGCAUCCAGCCCCACUGUCGCGAAGCAUGGUGCUACUGCCGUUGGUCGUCCAUCAUUGAGAUGUGGGCGGGGCAUGGCUGUGACUCUUGCCGUGGAAUCAAAGGUUUAAAAAAAAAUGGAAGAAAAGCCAGUUGUCAAAGCCCAACACGUGGUCAUUCGGUGUGACUGACAAUGCUUCGCACUGGCCAGCUGGCGUCCUCCGGUGCUACACACCCAUUGUGCCAUUCAUCUAUAGUGAAAAACGAAUCACCACUGUGUGAGACAUUUGAAAAGCCCCGUAUUGAUUGCGUGUAUGCAUGUGUGUGACCGACCUUGCCAAGUUUUACGUGGCAGCGUGCUGCGGAAGGAAAGUCGCCGACUCGCCCGAGGAAAGCUGCACAUUCGGUGGCACCCCAAGGUCACGUUGCAGCAAGUCGCCUUAUACCAGGCACGCUCCGACGAGUGCCUUGUUGUCAAAGUGCUUCGAUUGCCGUCAGGCGUUAUUGAACGUACGAGAAGGCUUGAAGACAAGCCUCUGCCCCGCUCAAAUAUGAUGCGGCAAAUGGCAUGCAUUUUUGAAAGCUUAAAGAGCCUACUUUCGGGAUUGCGUUGGUUUGAAAGUUCCGAGGAACCGUUAGGGCAUUCUCGUAGCUACUGUUGUGGCGACAAGAUUUUUUGUGUAGCCGUAUUGCCAUGUGUAUUUUUCUUCAUUAUUUCUUUUUCUGCAAAUGUAGCAAUGAUGUUGCACUUUAUGCCAAAUCUCGCGUAUAUACAUAGAAAGUUUUUGACCUGGCUCGUUCUUUUGGGCAUUUUGCAGCAUAUAUUUUAGCUUUACGGACAUGUUUCGAGAUUUAAUUUUUGAAGCUAUCUUGAGUUCUACGUGUUGCGUCAUCUCGAGCUACCACUGUUGCACACCACAGUAGGCAGUCAGUAGCUCACAGUGCCAAGUUCUGCAGUGUAUUUACUUGACUUGAGCAAAUGCACUACGCAGCUUGGCGGUUGGUACAAGUCAUAACUGUGGCGUGCAUCAUGCAGUGUGCGAGCCGUAGAUUGUUUGUCAUGAUUAUGCCAUUUAUACAUGAGACCAAAGUAUCGUGCAGAAGACAACAGGUAUGUUUCUGUUUCUUUGUAUGCCAUGUAGCACUUGUUUGUAUAACAUUUAAGCAUUUAUAUUGCUACUCGUCUCGAUGAAGCCUUCGCAGUCUUAUAACAUGUCUCCAGUCUUGUAUGUUUCACUGUGUGUAUUUUUGUAACAAAUUUUAUAUAAAUUGUCUCAUAGUUUACCAAGACUCGCUGAUUUAGUAUUAAAUUGUGCUUGUUAUACCUUGUUUCAGUCAAUCACUUGCAGCAUCAGUUAGUGCCUUGGUGAUGACAAAGUGCAUUUUAACUGAAUGCUCUAAGCUGUGCGCUUUGACUAGCAGCUGUAUUCCACAACACUAGAGGUAUGCCGAGUUAAAAGGGAUGAUAAAGGCAAGUAUUUAAGUCUAGCUACAGUGAUAGAUCGCAAUCCCAAAACUUUCUCUUGUGAUUAUUAUGGGCCACAAAAGGACAAACACUAAUAAAAUAGCGAUCAGAGAUGGUACACUCUGUGAAAGUGAGAAAUAAAGCAAGGGAACUGGUGGAGAUUCGUGAUCAGUCAGCUGACACAGCUAAAAAAAAAAUCCUACAUUGUGCUGGCAAUCCCGAAGGCCGUGCUUUUCUGCCAACCUGGAAAUCCGGAGAGUUGCAAAAAGAGGGUGCCACACUUCCGCAUGUAAUGAUGAAAGGGCAGUGUCAAAAAGGUAGGAGUAGCGAAUUCUCCACAGUCCAUGCCCAAACUUCGCUUUUCCUCUUGUGUUAAAAUGUAACGUAAUUAUCUUCCUGCUGGCAGCAGCAGUUGAAAAUCGCAGCAUAUAUUGCAUAUAAAAAUGUCGCUGGGGCUGGUUCUGUAUUUCCACAGGGGUGGCGCAGAUCCUGUCUCGUGUAUUUUGAGGCCAUCGGCGGGUCAUUGGCCAUGGCGUUGUGCUGUUGAACUUGAGGUCGAGGGUCCGACUCCCUGCCAUGCGGCCUCAUGCGGAGAGGGGGAAUGAACUGCAAGAGCACUCGUGUACUUAGAUUUUGGUGCACAUUUAAAUUAUCUUGAGCCCCCCUUCCCCCACCACGGCAUGUCUCGUAGCCGUCAUUACUUCAGGAAAUCGAACCCCAUGACGUGAUUUGGCAUUUUGAGGCGCUAUUCUGUCACUGUACCUCGACUUAGCGAGUGCUGGCUUCUAGCAUGCCAUCGAAGAAGUGAAAUUUACUACACUUUGCCCACCCUUAUUAUUAUCAUGUCUGCGUUUCGUUCAUCCUCCUGCCCCCCCACCCCCACCAACUCUGCUGAAUCUCCUCAGUGACUGAUGUCUUGUGUGUGGGUGCUACUUGUUAUUUCACUGCCAGGCACACUCUGUUGGAUGGGCUGUUUUUAGCAUUUAAUUAUGUUCUAGUAGAGGUGGUAGUAAUUGAGUGCAGUAAGGUAGACCCUUGCAACAAAUAGCCACAGUUUGUGUGCCCUUUCUGUUUUUAUUGGAGGUGCUUGUGGCUUGCUGCUUGAUAUUUAGGUCUGGCUGAGUGUCGUGCUCUUAUGUAAAGUUUUUAUACUUAAAAGAGAUCACUUGGUUCCACAAGGAGCUUGCAUAGCUGUAAGCAAUGAACAGCAUGAUACUGUGUUCUGUUGGUGGUUGAAGCAAAUAUUGCAGGCAACCUCAUGUGAGGAUUGUCAUCAUUUCUGUGUUGUAACAUGUUAAUAGAUUACCAAAGUUGGAACCCAUUCUGAAGGGGCAGCGCAGGACGACGAAGACAAAGGGCAGGAAACACACAGCACAGUGCUGCCUGUUGUCAACCAGUACCAACUCGCCCAAAUGUCGAUUGGAAUCCAUCUUUCACGUCAAGAUCACACUGGCAACAAAGUGAAAAGCCAACAUGCAAAACCCCUCAAAGGAGCGUAUGUAUACAUCUAGUACAUGAAAAUGUAAUCCAAAAUGAGUUUAGCUUGUCACUGUUGGCUGUCGAGGUGCAUCUUCAAUCAAUGAUGAGCUGAUAUAUUGUGCAGCAACAGGCUAGAUUUGUUUGCGAUACGGAAAUGGCUGUUACAGGAACACAAAGCAAACUUUGUGAGCCUGCUCAGCACUGUUGUAGAAUGGUCCACGAUGCUAUAAUGGUCUCCCCGUGUUGUGAAGCUUGAGUUCUUUGCAGCAGACGGGUGGUAUGCAGACGACAAGGCUAUGUUAAAACACAUAAGUUGCUGAUGGCUGUCAGAUGCGUUUUCUAGUCUGCAUGUAACUGACACCUUCAUCAACCUUGCCCUCUAUAGCACAUUGCCAAAGACUUACUUCUCAAUGUCGGGAUUAGCGAGGAACUGAUUCCACUACAUCCUGCAGCCUACACAUUCUACCAUUGUCACACGGGCUUCUUCGAAUAGCACGUACCUGCCACAGUUUUGACAUGGUAUGGCAAAACUCGUAUGUGAGUGCCACUGCUGUUAUGGCCCUGCGGUGUGAUGGCAAAGCAGUAACUCUUCCCCCUUUUAGCCCCUUUGGCCAUUUGUUGCCGCUGUCACAACUAAGAACUUUCUUUUUGUUUUUCUACUUAUGCUUAAGCAAACCACCCCCAGACAGUGCAUGUUACCAGACAAGUUAUAAUGCAAUUUGUCCUCGCAGAAAGAAGGUUCGGCGAAGGUGACGCACUGCUUGAUUGCAUUCUGUCGUAUGGAGACAACAUAUGGCAACGGAAUGUGUUAGUGCGACUACUACCGGCUUAUUAGCCAUUAAAGAUGUUGAGGACAGACUGUUGAUGAUGGCCUCGUUGUGGUUGGCGCAUUCACAGAGUCCUUGCCGCCAUGAAAGGUUGCGCCUUUUUAAUGUGCACUUUUGCCACACAAGAGAUGGUUGUCAGCGUCUGUAUAUCUGGCGAUUCUUGAAAGAAAUGUGCUGCAUUUUCAGACACAUUGCAUUCAAGCUCCUGGCAUUUGCACAUGCAAAAUGACUACAGCUUUCAGUAGAGCAUGCCGUAUGGCAGGCACCUAGCCAAUGCUGGAUGGCGGUUAGCCAUCUGGUAGACAUGGGUGAAAUCACUAACAACAGUGAUGUAUUUGUUAGGCCUAACAACAUUAAAAGACAAUUUAUUCUCGCAGGUACUCGGUUGUUCAAAUGAGUACAUGAAGCAAAAGCAGAUUUUUACUGCAGUAAAACCCUGUUGCUACAUUUUUUAGGGGACCACGGAAAAAAAAAAAGCAUGACCCAGCAAACAUGACAACUAAUGACACUUUAGGCAGCACUACUGAUGAGCCAAAGGUACUCACACAGUGUCUGAUCUGAGCAUGGACAGGAAGUCAUUAAACAAUUGAAACCUCAAUAAAGCUCAUUAUCACUGCUUGACAUUUAGAUAUUGAACGUUAAAUACUUUUUGGAGCAGUCAUAGCCAUGAAUUGCACUAAAAUGAAGUUGGUAAUCUCCAUCAAGCACUUGGGUCAAAUCUUCUAUAAUAAUGGCCCGUCUUUGCGCACUUGUACGUAUUUUUCAGUUUCUAUGCAGCCUUGUAUAUCGAAGCAACUAUGCAAGGUCUUGAAGGCCACAAGACGGAGCCUACAGUGAAACUCCAUUGAUGCGUUGCUCACUUGCAUUUUCCUGGCUCAUAUGUCUCGUUUUUGCAGUCCUUACCUAAAGCCCAUGUGUUAUGUUCCCAUUUCAUACGUCGGCAUUGUGUAAUGUUCCCGUAUCUUGCAUUGCGUUUAAACACUGUGGUCACAUAAAUUUAGUGGUGCAGAGGCAAAUUUGCUCUCACAUAUUGCUACAAAUGUGGUAAACGCAGACUUGCAGUUAUGCCAGUUCCCUAAAGUUGCAUUCUCUGCAAUACGGCUGUAUUAUGUGGUGCAGCAUGUUGAGUAAAAAAAAGGAAGGGGGAGGGGGGAGUGCACCGUCUCAACAUAGUACGUGUCAAGUCGAACCCCAAAAUGCGAGAAGUAUGUGAUCUUCAGUCCUGAUAUAUGGGUGUCUGCGCGAUUGUGGUAUUUGUCAAUUCCCUCAGGUCAGGUUCUCUGCAAUACAGCUAGCUGUCUUAUGUGCUGAAGCACGUUGAGUUAAAAAAGAAGGGGGAGGGGCGGAGCACUGUCACUCAACAUAGUACACGUUUCUUAUACACGCAAGCACAUGCUGUUUCCGGUCAGAGUAGGAGCAUUGAGACGUCUCAUAACUGUUCUGGCAGCCAUACAGAGCCAUUUGUGAAGUUUCUGUGGCAAUUAAGGGCCCUUCCUCAGUGUUAAAAUCAUUUUUUUUCGCGAUCCCUUGAAAAACGUAUUAAUGGGGUUCUAACAUGGGUGUGGGGUGAACCUUUGUUCCUUCACCCAUUUCUUGGCUUUCGACUUAAUGAGCAGUGUUGAGGUCAGCAAUGAUCUGAACACUGCAAUGGUGAUCCUUCUCCGUUUCUCAAGUAGGCAAGGCUGUUGUUAUGAAAGCAAUACUAAAAAUCUUUGGAAGAGUGAUCAGUCCUUAAUGAGGAUUAUUACAGUAGCUGCAAAAGAGCAUAUUUUAAAAGGUGAAGCAUUUCUUUAGGAGUGUACCAUUGCAAGAAUUUGUUCAUAUCCAUAAACUUGCUGUUGCAAACAUUUCGACAAGCAUGUUUACAUUACUACUCUCUCUGGGGCCUUUGCUCACUCGCUGCAUUCAGACUUGCCCCAUUUCUAUGCAGCACUGCACUUGUUUCUUGUAAUAACAGUGGGGCUGUAAAUGCAUGCACUGUAGUGUUUUACUUCUGCAGUAAGCUGAGGGAUAUCACACAGGAUAAUCUAUGCACUUUUACCGAUGUUUGCGCAAAUUGGUCCACAUCAAAAAAUUUUGCACACAGCUGCUACUCUUACCAAAAAUUGACUUAAAGCACCCAUGCAGUCACAGUUCUGAGUGGUGUAAUAACCUGGCACAGUAUUGUUCCAUGCAUAAGCCGACUGCCGUGCGUUCACCAUUGAUAACACAAGAACUUCAAUGUUGUUUAGGAGUAGUGUUGUAGGACAGUGUGAAGAAAUUCAGCUGCCCGACACUUUGCCACGUUUGAUAAGGUUAACGUGUCACAACUCUUGUUCUAACUUUGGCUGUUGAGGCACAAGGUUAGGCUUAACAUUAAGCCUAGCUGCUCUAUCCAGCUGCAACAUGAUGAGCUGCAUAUGUAUGUUGAAAUAUGCCAGUGCCACCAACCAGAAGUAGUCUACUGUAAAGGGGAAAAUUUGCAUGUGCUCUACUGUCAUGUGUUCCGUUUAACAGUGGACCGCACUGUGAAACUGUGCAGGUUAUUUCACCUUGUGGUGUAUUCAUGUGGCUGAAUAGGAGCAGAGGCACAGAGCAGCAGCAGAGUAAGAGCAAGACUGCUUGUUCUUCCAGUGGAAUGUUGAUGAAUAGCGGCAAAUGUGAGGGGUGAAUGUGCCACGUGCAGCUACCAUUGAAUGCAGUCGCACAGUUUUGCUGCUUGACUAGCAAGCACUGGACGCCGAACUUGAGCCUAAGGCUUAAGCAACGGUCAGUGAUGGUGACAAGGUGCCACCAGUCACUCUUGUAGAAAAUGUCUGUUGUUUAAGGCGUUGAUGUCGUGAGGGGGUCGUCUCGCAUGAAGCAGCUACAUGGUGGAACAGGGUUUUCCUAAGAGUAUUUCCAACACUGUGUUCAAGUACUGUCUGCACUGUACUAAUAAGCCUUACAUAGUAACAAGAUGUUCCCCCCUUCCCAAUUGUUACUAAGGGCACUUCAAGUCCUUGGGAUCUGUGAAACUUGCCUAACUAGUUGUAGUUAAUGCAUAGCUAUUAUGUUUGUGUGGCAGGCAGGCAGGCGAACAAUGUUGCAUUACGGUACCUGAGCCCAAUCUUAUGUGCUAAGGUCCGAGACGGAUGCACUGUGUAAUAGAUGGGAACCCAGUUGCCUUUGAUGUUUCGCGUUGCCGAAUGUAGCACGGUUAUUGUGAAGCAUUGGUGCAUCGUAGCUUGCUGCAUCUCGUGAAGGUAAUAACGAAAUGUAGCUUGCCGCAAAAUGUGCUGGUGUUCACGUCAAUGCAAUCAAGAUGCCCAUUUGGAUUACCCGAGAGAAUGUGUGGUUACCCUUGAGUGUUUCUGUUGACUAAAACUGCGAUAUACGAGUAGUGACAUGAUCUCAUAGCAGCAAAUAACAGCGCAAGCCUCGGUAAACUUGUAACAGCAACCUGGUUCGGUCCGCAUAGCAAGUGUGCAGGAUUGCUUUUUCAUUCUGUAUGCCCAGGAUAUGCUCCCAGAUUUUCUCGUCUCCUUGCAGAACACUUUUACUUACAUUUUGCCUUUUGUGGCUACACGCUUUGCACUUGUGUUCCCAUUACUACUAUAUUAUGCAACAAAGCUGCACACACCCGCCGUGGUUGCUCAGUGGCUAUGGUGUUGAGCUGCUGAGCACGAGGUCGCGGGAUCAAAUACUGGCCACGGCGGCCGCAUUUCGAUGGGGGCGAAAUGCGAAAACACCCGUGUGCUUAGAUUUAGGUGCACGUUAAAGAACCCCAGGUGGUUGAAAUUUCCGGAGUCCUCCACUACGGCGUGCCUCAUAAUCAGCAAGUGGUUUUGGCACGUAAAACCCCAUAAUUUAAUUUAAUUUAACAAAGCUGCACAAGCUUAAUUCAAAACUUGAGUUCUAUUUUGGGUUUACUGGUUCGUAGAAAACUUGUGCGCAUAGGUUUAAAAGAUGAAUGCUGCCGGGCCAAACUUUGUGUGUUACCAUUUGCGAGGGGACACUUGCCUGUUCAGGCAGUCUGUGCUCUGGUUUGUGCAUUAUGCUAUGUAUGCCUGAUGCAGCCAGCCGUGUGUUUAGCCAGGCUUUUGUAUUUGUGUUCGCAAAAGUCGUCGCACCUCUACACAGACUGCAGAACUUUUACUCAUGUCCUUAAUUCACUGGCUGUUAAAUGCACACUCUUUGUCUUUUGAUCCCCCGUUGUGCUCAUUGUUGUACUGUGCCAGCAUGUCUCAACGUUUCAGGCACCUGUGUUUUUUUUUAAGGCAUGGGCCGCUUCUUUAUUGCUGUUGUAGCUGCCAAACCAUCAAAGUGGUUUGCCUGCCUGUGUUUUUUUCUCAGUGUGUGUGUUAUGUUUUUUGAGCACAUCAGUGUUGAAAGGUGUGGAGUCAUUAAAAAAAAAAAUACCGAGAA